AUGUACGGAAGCUGCCUUUUGGAGAAAGAAGCGGGCAUGUACCCGGGCACUCUCAGGAACCCGGGAGGAGGCAGCAACCCGGGGGUGGGCAGCUCUGGAAACGGUGGGAGUCCACUGCCAGCCUCCAACUUCGCUGCAGCCUCGGCUUACCCACACUACAUGGGGUAUCCUCAUAUGCCCAGCAUGGAUCAUCACGGUCCAUCCCUGGGAGCCUGGAGCUCACCCUACAGUCCCCCACGGGAAGACUGGAGUGUGUACCCUGGGCCGUCCAGUACAAUGGGCACAGCUCCCAUGAACGAUAUGACCUCGAGUCCCGCAGCAUUCGGCUCGCCUGACUACAGCAACCUGGGCCUCACCAGCGGCGGAAGCAGCAGCGGUAACCUGCCAGCCUCCGCCAUCGGGUCAUUGGUGACCAUCGACUCGGGCACCGCUGAUGCCAGUUCUCCCAGCAGAAGCCGCCACAGCCCCUAUGCAUGGAUGCGCAAGAACGUGCAGGUGACCGGAAAAACCAGGACAAAAGAAAAGUAUCGUGUGGUUUACACAGAUCAUCAAAGGUUGGAGCUGGAAAAGGAAUUUCACUGCAAUAGAUACAUCACCAUCCGGAGAAAAUCAGAGUUGGCAGUUAAUCUGGGCCUUUCUGAGAGACAGGUGAAAAUCUGGUUCCAGAAUCGCAGAGCCAAGGAGAGAAAGAUGAUCAAAAAGAAAAUCUCCCAGUUUGAGAACAGUGGAGGCUCCGUGCAAAGUGACUCUGGCUCCAUCAGCCCUGGGGAACUGUCUAACACAUUUUUCACCACUCCAUCUACUGUGCGUGGAUUUCAGCCUAUUGAGAUACAACAGGUCAUAGUCUCUGAAUGA